GUUUACAUCAAAGAUAAUUUAAAGACUCAGUUUAUUAAAUCAUUAGAACGCAGUGAUUUUUAAUAAUAUUUUUAAUUAAUAAUUCUUCAAUAACAUAUUUCUUAAGUUAUGUUUAUCCGAAAAGUAUUUUAUGAUGGAAUGUAUAAGUGUUUGAAUAUUUCGUCGAGAGCUCAGUCAUCGUGGAAUAUCGUGACUGGUAUCUGUGUUGAAAGACUCCCAGUCGUAACACCCCCGUUAAAUGAAAUCCAGAAAAAAUUUAAAGAUUAUUUAUCGGCUAGAGAGUUUGAAAACAGUUUGAAAUCUGAUCACGAAUUGAGACAAGAAAAUGAUCUAAGGCAGGCAGAGCUAUUGAAAAAAGAGGGUGUUGAUGUGGACGCAGAAGCUGUGAGUAAAGUCACAGCUCAGGAUUUUGAAGAUGCAGCAAAUGAAGAACUCGCUAAAUUUCAAUUUGCGAGCAUUGAGACAGAGGCUGACAGAAGUGGGGACAAAAGCACUCACGAUAGAUGUUUACAGAGACAUCUAGUUCUAGUCACUGAGCAGAAAUUAGGGACUGAUAUUAAAAGCCUAUUACCUCAAGGUCUAUGGAGAGAAGGUGAAACAUUAAGACAGAGUGCUGAAAGAGUGCUUGUUGAGCAAUGUGGAACGAAAAUAAAAGUGAAAUUCCUGUCUAAUGCACCGUGUGGAUUCUACAAAUAUAAAUAUCCUUCAGAAAUUGAUGGAAAAGUUGGCGCUAAGGUAUUCUUCUAUUAUGCCAAUUAUGAUGGCGGUGUUUUGGAAAAGGCCACGAACUACAAUUGGUUAACUAGGAAGGAAUUGAAAGAUAUAUUGCCGGAAAGAUAUAAUAAAUCAGUGCAAAGUUUUCUAAUACAGGAGACUUAUUAAUUAUUAAUAAUGUAGGAUUAUUAAGUUUUAAUUAAAUAUUAGAUGAACAAUUAUUA